AUGGCAAUCGAAGCCAAGGAAGCGACCAAAAUCGCCGUGGUAGCCGCAGCCGGAGGAGACGUGACAGGCGCUCACGAUCUCCCCGAAGAGAUCGCUCUCGAUCCAGGAAUCGCGGUCGGUCACACUCCAGGGAACGUCAAAGCGACGACCAUCGGAUGGCAGCUUGGACCAACCAGUAUCCAUACGGAUGGUAUGGAUGGGGUUACACCCCGCAACCGCCAUGGGGCCAACAGGGUUAUUAUCCCGGCCCGUACGCGAUGCCUCCCCCGCCUCCCCCACCACCACCGCCGUGCUCUUGCGCGCCAUAUCGGUGCGAUGGAAGAUGUAGGUAUGAUAGUCGCCGGUCUGACAGUCGCGAGUCUAGCAGCCUCGAGUCUGACAGUCGCCGGCCUGACAGUCAUGAAUCUGACAGUCAUGGAUCUGACAAUAGCCGGUCGAACCGUCGCCAGUCUAGCAGUCGCCGGUCUGACAAUCACCAGUCUGACAGUAGCCAAUCUCGCCCGCGAGAUAGAACCCAGUCGCCAAACCGCCACGAGCCCAGCCGGCGUCGAUCAAGAUCGCCAGUUCCCAGCAAUUCAGGGAACUCAGAGUGUAACCAACACCAGAUCCAGUGUUGGUACCCGACCCUCUCUCAGGGCCACGCAGGUGCCCAGAACUUUCAUAUAUGAGGAGCGGUACGUCGACAGGGCAUCAAGCCUAGAGCCCCCUCCUCAAAGUGUUGUCUCAGCAGUCCAGCGGGAUCCGGAGACCGGCCAGCCCUCUGUAAAUCUAGUCACCAGCGAGAGCUUGGAUUGGGACGCCAUCGCACGCUAUCUACAGUCAUUGUGUGGUGGUGCAAAGAUUAGGGUUAGUUUCCAAGCUGUACAUGAGCGUAGGAACAAGAACGACCCAAAGAGCCUCGUCCCGCCCUGGGAAUGCGAGGAAUGGGUUGGGCCUAGUUCUAUUAUACCACCACCUCCAGAGUAUAGGGGCAACUCCGGUAAGGAGAUCGACACAAAUGAGUCCGCAAACGCACCUCGAGCACAAGGGAACGCACCCAAAGCAAAGAGAACGCCCCCUGAGUAUAAGUGA